AUGGCGGCCGCGCCUGCGAGCUCGGACAUGUUUGAUGAGAUCGUGAUGGCCGAGGAGAGGUUUCAUGGUGAGGGGUAUCAGGAGGGCUAUGCUGAAGGCAGUCACGUUGGAGUUGUUGAGGGAAGGAGGUAUGGAUCGCUGCAUGGUGCCAAGAUCGGGUCUGAGAUUGGCUGCUACCUUGGGUUUGCUCUGACGUGGCAGUGUCUGCUCCAGAAAUGCACGGAUGAAAAGAACUGCAAAAAGAUAAGGGCUCUGGAUUCAUUAAUAGGGAUGAUUCAGAAAUUCCCAUAUGAAGACCCCACUUAUGAUAAGCUGCAAGAAGAUCUGGAAAAAAUCAGAGGAAAAUUUAAGCAGGUUUGUUCAAUGCUAAAUAUUCAGUCUGAUUUUAGAAUCGGUACUGAAAGAUCUUCACUAACAUUUUGAAUAUAACAGAUGAAGAUAAACAUGGAUGACCAAGAAGAAACAUUAAGAGAACAGAUAACUGGAAAAGUGUUUAUCUACUCUUAUUUUAAAAAAAAUCAAAAUAGUGAAGAGGUGCUAAAUAUUAAAGGGGAAAGGGAAAACCAUUGAACUUGCAAUAGUAUUUCUCAUAUGUCAUUUAACAUUUAUUAUCUCCAGGUUUUAUUUAGGAUCGCUGAAACACCAGUGUGUAAACCUGUUAAAUAAAAAUAUUUGCUUUAAUUCCUCGCUAGCCCUGCACGGAUAGAUUAAUUCCUCAAAAGGAAAACCUAUGCAUUUGUAAAGUUUCCUUAUUUAAAGGGUGUAUGUUACUAAAAAAUCUGUGUAUGCAGAUCAUUCAGUUUACACGAUGUGUAGAUAUUGUAGGUGAAGUAAAAUAUAAUCAAUUGCCUGCAGACUUCGCAGUAGGAAACGUUUUUGCGCGUAAAGGAUAGAAUGACAAAUGAAGUCAGAAUGUGAAGGAGAAAGAUUAAGAUACCUGUUUAUAAAGUAGCUGCAGCUCAGAACAUGAAAUUUUGACUUUCCAUGAGUUCUGCAGACUGAUGCGGUAUGGGGAAAAAAACCCCACCAAACCCAAAAAGCUAGCAAUUUAAGUUAUCAAUGAGAGAAACGUGACUACCAGAAGAGUUGUGAUACUGAUACGAGUAUUCAAUAGUACCUUUUAUCAAGGAAUAGCUUUUUAUUUUCCAGUCUUGAAAAUACACUCUUUAUUCUCAUUCAAAAAAAUGGAUGCUGUCAGCUGAAUGUAUUCAACUAUGUUAGUUUAAGAGAAAUACAGUCGAUUAUUUUACCUGAAAAAUGUUUUAGGUUGGGCUGCUAGAUGUCUUUGCAUGCCAUUUGAAAAACAGUUAUAUAAUGAAUAUAUACUUUCAUCAGUUGUAAUGUAUGCAUGUCUGGCUAAGUCUACAUGGCAUAGUGUAGCUUCAUAAAGACAGAUUUGACUACCGUGGGUAUCAGAAGCUGUAUGCAAGGUAAACUAUCUCAGGAGAAGGACAUGUUUUAAUAUGGCCAUAUUCUUCAACAGCAUUGCUUUGUGCCAUCUAGAAUAUAUGCAUAUGUCUCAAUUUCUUUCAAAAUAAUCUUUUACUUUUUGUCUGUUUCCUGAGUAUGCAAGUAUGCCAGCGUCAAAGGCUUUUCUUAAUAACUGGUUGCUGGUGUACUUUUUUUGUUUGUUUAAUUGUCUUACAUGUGUAAGUGUUCAAACAGCUUUGAUACACAUGGUGAGUGUCAGGGCCAUCUAGUGGAGGAGGUCGUUGUAUUGUGUAAGAAAUAGAUAAUAAGAGUUCACGAAUAUUUAUGUAGAUAGAAGUUGUUAAAAUAGAGAGUACAGAAUAUAUGUACGCCAGAUACAACUCUUCUAAUUAUGCAGUGAAUUUCUUUGAAAGAAAGUAACAUUGAGGUAGGAUUCAUUGGUAGCUUGUUUCCUCAUUUGAGACCUUGGAAAGGACAUGACAGCAUUGAUGGUCUCUUCAUUUAGGGCAGUUUGAGUACAGCUGGCUUUAAAUUGUUAUGCAGCUAAACCACUGGGAACCCGAACAAGCACCAAACUGCAAGUACCUGAAAACAGAAGCAAAAUAAAAUAGCAUACCCUGUAGUCUCAGUAAAUAGAUAGGCACAAAACAAAAAGAUCACAUACUAGAGAAAAGAAAGCUAAUUUGACUUUGUAAUCACUUCAGAGAAAUCCAAAUUUGAAAAAGUUGUCCCUGCAUCCACAAACCAGUUUAUUUUUGCAAAUCAAAGUAUUUUACCUGUUUACUUCAAAUUAAUGAAAGGUACUAGAUACUCAUCUAUGAUUAACUUUGACUCAAAAUAUUUUUUGUUGAAAUCCAUGAAUUAUGCUUUAAACUCCCCGCAGAUCUUGGUCUAAAAAAGGCAGUUUUGUUGUUCUUCUGAAUGAUAGUACAAAGCAAAGUAAAUGCUGGAGGUCUAAGUAUUCGUGUUUUAAAAUGCAGCCUUUUUUGGAAUCUUUGUGCAUGGUUUACAAAAAUGUAUAUAAAAGCAAGGGAAGGGAUGUGAGAGCUCAGAGUAUCUGUGAAGCAUUUGAUUAAUAGAGGUAUAUGAUACGUAAGAUAUGCGCAGUGCUGCUCUAGAGAUUGCAUCGAAAACAAAAUUAUUUUUGUUCAACUAAGGAGAGAAAGGAUCUUUGCAGAUCAAGCAGUCAAUGACUUAUUUUGAAAAUUGGUUUGGUGGAUAAUUUUCU